UGCAAAAUCUGCAUCUGGCCAGCCCUGUGAUGAUUAGAUGAAUGGGAAGGAACUCAUUGAACGAGUAUUCCGUUAUGAAAAAACUAAAAUAGUCGAGUACCAGGGAUAAAUAAUUCCCUUUUCCUGUAAAGCCAUGUAUUUUUUGAAUGAGUUUUAGAUAUAAAUAGCGAUUACGAGUUGGAGAAAAAGUACAAAUUGAGGGGAAUCACGCAUUGGGCGUGGUUUACGCGCGAUUCAACUUGCUUGCAUGAUCGCUGUGCGAAUGGUGUAGAUGUAGUACUGGUAUCCGUCGCCCCUUACGUGUGCGUGUGAUCUUGGUAGGACACCCGCGGGAAAAGGACGUUUAGUUUCUAUGCGAAAGAAAGCGAGUGACACAAAUUUACUCCUGGAGGUUAAUUACGACAGAGUGUGAUUUCCUGAUGGUUAUUUCAUUUUCGAAAGCCACAACCAAGAGUCCCUGGCUGAUGGGAAAUUGCUGUCGCAUCAUGGCUGUGAAAUGACAAGAAACUCACUCUGGAGAAUAACUGACGUGCGUCGUUUGGGAGAAGUUAGCUACCGAGCACGUCUGGGCUUCAACUGAUGUCGCGCAGCCUGAUGACUUUCAUGUACUGUAGACAGGCAGAGUAAGACCUUGCAUUGAAUGCAAGUGAGAGAAAUACCGAGAUCCGAACAGUUCUCCCUGCACUGGCCCACUUGUGCAAAAUACCGGCAGGCAAUAGUCCCUCUAUCUCCACCACGAGUCACUUUGGAGAGUCAUAGAUUCUUAUAUGUAUAUGUUCGUGGAAUCUUCCAUCAACUUUGGAAUGCUUCAGAAUCGAAACUUAGCUUCGUCACCCUCUUGUGUUAUUUGUAAAGCUCUUUAACUUUCUUACACUGACUCUUUGCAAAGUGCAGAACCUUGUGAAUAUGGUUCCUGUCAGACAACUUGUGUAAAGGACCCUGUGGUAGGUGAAUCACCUCAGUGAACGGGGCUUUCUAUAAUCCCAGCUACACUCCAUUGAACUGACCAUGUCGAAGAAACCUGUGGAACGCGUCUUCCACAUUGCGGUGGUGGGCCUGUCUGGUGACGAGCGCACCAAAGGUGCGGCCGGCGUGGGGAAGUCCUGCCUCUGCAACCGCUUUGUCCGGCCCCACGCCGACCACUUCUACAAGGACCACAUCUCCAUCAUCAGUCAGAUUGACUUCAGCGGCCAGGUCAUCAACAACGACCACUUCCUCUACUGGGGGGAGGUGACCAAGAACCUGGACGACGGGUCACAGGUGACCUGCAGCGUCGUGGAGCUGACCGAGUUCAUUGAUGACCAGUCUUUUCAACCCCUAAGAGGCCAUGGCGACAAAGAUUACAGGAAGAGGUGUAAGACGAGCCUCACAUCAGCUGAGAAACUCAUGUAUAUUUGUAAAGACCAGCUUGGAGAUGAACGAAACUAUGACAGAAAGAUUAUGGCGGAUGGGAAGUUUGUAGUGGACGGUUUUAUCGUCGUCUACGAUGUCAGCCACGUUCAGAACCGCCCACUGAACAAGCAGUCCUCGUUCAUCACGGAGCUCCUCUCUUCUCCGCUGCAGAAGUCCAAGAAGCCGUGCGUGCUGGUGGCGACAAAGUGUGAGGAGCCGGAGAGCACAGCCUACGAGGAGGUCAAGGCCAUCCGCGACAAGAAGAAAGUCACACUGGUGGAGACGUCGGCGUUCGAGAACGUCAACGUGGACUUCGCCUUCCUGACCCUGGUCAACCUGAUCGACAAGAACAAGAAGCGGCCGAUGGAGGUGCCCUUCGUCAACGGCAUCAAGAAGCAGAAGGAGGUCCUGGACAAGGUGGAGGACGCCUACAUGGGGCUGCUUGCCCGCUCCGUCACCGACUACCACGCCGUCUGGAACCGCACCAAGAAGGAGCUUGCCGACGAGGACAACUACCUGACCUACCUGCGCUAUAUUGGCUCGGAGAUCGCCGCCAAGAAGUUCAAGAGCCACAUCAAGAAGUUGAAGGAGGCCCAGCAGCAGCGGAAGAAGCAGCAGUGCCUGGAGACCCUGCCGCUAGCCCUCCAAGACAUGCUCCCAGAUCUGCAAAGCAUCGGCGGAAGGUCCGUGUACAAAUUUAACGCAUGGAAGGGGGGGGAGUACAACAUCGCUACAGGGCAAAGCUCUUUGAGACCUAGGAAUAAAUGAGCAACGUAUUGCUGGGCAUCGGUCCUUCGAGUCACAGAACAGAUGUUCCUCACAAGGUCUUAAACAUGUAUAUCAUAACUGUGCUCUGAUUGGCAGAUUGGGGGGGUGUCAUUUUUGGGGGGAGAGGAAUAACGAGUUUAUUGAUAAUGAUUUCAUUUGGUGUAUUUCAUUUCACUUCCUUACCAAAACAUGUCAACUGUCCCAAAAUGUAGCCCCACCCCUUAGAAAGGCCAUAGAAGGUCACUUACAAAAGGGACAAUUGUUCGCACCCCCCCAAAAAACCUUUAAUCCCCUCCCAGUAUGCCCUCCCCCGUCCAUGAGAAAAAAAAUGGUUCCUGAUCAGCACUUACGUGCUCACAGACUGACAGUAACCCAUAGAGCCUGCAGAAGUGACAUGAAAGAGAUGUUUCAAGGAUGGAUUUG